CAAAGAAAUCUUAGGCUAUAUCCUUACAACAUAUCUUCGAUCUGGUUCAUAUAUACAGCCUUAAAAACCACAGAGCUUUAGUACUGACUGUUUCUUUUGAAGUGACUCGAAAAUGGGAACGGCAGAGCACGAUCAUGAUCAGUACAAUCCUCAAAGAGUUGAGAUUCCACCACCGAAGCCCCUCCUAACGGCUGUGAAGUCGUCGAUGAAAGAGACUUUCUUUCCUGACGACCCUUUCAGGCCAUUCAAGAAUCAACCCGCAGCUAAAAAAGUAGUUAUGGGCUUGCAAUACUUCUUUACAAUCCUCGAGUGGGCUCCUCGCUACAAGUUAAGCUAUCUCAAGUCUGAUCUCAUCGCCGGAAUCACCAUUUCCAGUCUGGCAGUUCCACAAGGGAUCAGUUAUGCGAGCUUGGGAGGGGUGCCGCCAAUCGUUGGCAUAUAUGGGAGCUUUGUACCUCCGCUUGUGUACGCGAUUCUCGGAAGCUCAAGGGAUAUUGCAAUCGGACCUGUGGCUGUUGCAUCACUUUUGUUAGCUAGUAUAUUGUCGGAGGAAGUUAGCCCUACUCAAGACCCAAAUCUCUAUUUUCAGAUGGCUCUCACGGCCUGCUUAUUUUCUGGAAUUCUUCAGGCUGGACUUGGCUUCUUAAGGCUUGGUUUUGUGGUGGACCUUCUUUCUCAUGCGACAAUAUUGGGUUUCAUGGGUGGAGCAGCUACUACUGUGAUUCUUCAGCAGCUUAAAGGGUUGUUGGGGAUAAAACACUUCACUCAAGAAACAGAUGUUGUCUCUGUCCUCACAUCAGUCAUUAAGCACUACGACGAGUGGCAGUGGGAACCUGCUGUGAUGGGAUUUGGUUUCCUUCUCGUUCUCUUCCUUUGUAAAUUCAUUAGCAAGAAAAGACAAUCUUUGUUUUGGGUAAGUGCACUGGCGCCGUUAGUAUGCGUGAUCAUGGGGAGCCUUCUGGUUUAUCUAACCCACGCAGAACAUCACAACAUUAAAGUGAUUGGGACUCUUAAAAAGGGAAUAAACCCUGUGACUGUGUCUGACAUGGGUAAAAUUUUCAAGUCGAGUCAUCUUGCCGUCUCCAUUAAAGCAGGCUUGAUCUCCGGCAUUAUUGGUCUUGCUGAAGGAGUAGCAGUUGGGAGAAGUUUUGCCACAGUUAAGAACUAUCACAUUGAUGGAAACAAAGAAAUGAUCGCUUUCGGAUUGAUGAACAUUAUAGGCUCUUGCGUUUCUUGCUUCUUGUCAGCAGGACCAUUUUCGAGAAGUGCGGUAAACUUCAACGCCGGAUGCAAAACUCAAGUCUCUAAUAUAGUUAUGGCGGUUAUGAUGUUGAUGACACUGCUAUUUUUAACGCCAUUGUUCGAGUACACACCAUUAGUGGUUCUUUCGUCCAUUAUAGUAAUGGCCAUGUUCGGCAUCAUGGACAUCCCAGCCGUCAUCCACCUUUGGAAGAUUGAUAAGAUUGACUGUAUGAUAUGUUUGGGUGCAUAUUUGGGUGUUACUUUUGGCAGUGUCGAGAUUGGCUUAUCUAUUGCGGUUAUAAUUUCUUUGCUAAGACUGAUCCUAUUCAUAGCGAGACCAAGGACCCUCAAUUUAGGCAACAUUCCAAACACGUCAGUGUAUAGAAGUGUUGAUCAAUACCCAGCUGCAAACAAUAUUCCAGGAGUUCUCAUUCUUCAAAUUGAUUCGCCCAUAUACUUUGCCAAUUCUAACUACUUGAGGGAAAGGAUCUCAAGGUGGAUAUAUGAAGAGGAAGACAGGAUAAGAGCUUCUGGAGAUAUAAGUUUACAAUAUCUAAUCCUAGACAUUAGCACUGUCGGAGGCAUCGAUACUAGUGGGAUCAGCAUGCUAGAAGAGGUCAAGAGAAAUUUGGAUAGAAAGAAUCUCAAGCUUGUAUUAGCAAAUCCGAGAAGUGAAGUGAUUAAGAAGCUGGAUAACUCGAAGUUCAUUGAAACAAUUGGCCUGGAAUGGAUGUUUGUUACAGUGGAAGAUGCUGUACAAGCAUGUAAGUUCCAACUGCAAAGCAUCAAACCUAGUCCAUUAGAAGAAAGGACGAAGACACCGGAGGACAAUGUCUAAACCACAAGGACUAAUCAAGUACAAUGGAAGUUUUGAUUCGAUCAAUCUAAUUAAUGAAAAGUAUCGAGCUUUAACAUUUCAAUUCACAAUGUAGGGGCUGAAAAAUGUAGAAGCAAGCGGUAGUUGUAUCGCUUAAGAAACUUAGAUGUAAUCUCGAUCAAUAUCAAUAAAGGAAUAAACUACAUAAAUG